AUGAAGAAUGUUCUUUACAAAGUGAAGAUUGUGGUGAUGGAAGUGCAAGAAAUCGAGCAAGAUAUCCUAGCGAGUGUCGAAGUACUACAGCAAACCCGAAACGAAAUGCUUCGCAUGCGAGAAGAUGAUGUUGCUAUGGAGGGAAUUAUAUCAGCAGCAACAGAGAAAUGCGAGUCCUAUGGAAUCAAUGUGGAGUACAAAUUUUCAAAACGACACCAACUACGGAGAGCAACUGCCCGUUUCGACGAAAAUUUUGCCAAUGCUACUGUGCCUAGCUUUAGCCAACACUAUCGGAAAGAAAUGUUUAAGGUAUUAGAUCGUCUUGUAUCGGACAUAAACGAAAUUGAUGAACAUUUAUCUGAUAUUGUGCUACCUGAAAUUAUUUUGCUUCCAGCAAAUUUACCCAAUUGUUCCAAGCAAGAUGUGGAAAAUUUAUGCGCAGCAUUUCCACAAGACUUCAGAGAUCCAGAUGCUAUGUGUACAGAGAUUAAGUUGAUAUCUUCAGAUAUCGAGAAAAGCGGUGCCAAAAAUCUGAAGGAAGCAGCGAAGUGUGUACUUGGAAAACAACAGUUUCAUCCCAACCUGACGAAAGCGUACCAGCUUGCAUUAACAAUUCCAGUUUCUGUCGCAAGUAAUGAGCGUUCAUUUAGUAAACUAAAACUUGUUAAAAGCUAUUUGCGAUCAACGAUGAAAGAAAACCGUCUUGACGUCUUGAUGAUUUUAACUUCAUCUGUAGAUAUAUUAGACGAACUUGAGUUGGAUAAAGUAGCUAACUC